AUGAUAGCAUUAGCAACAACGACAUCAGGAGUGGCUGCAGCAAUAAUGCCAGGAGGGCGAACUGCACAUUCGCGAUUCAAAAUUCCAAUUACUGCUAAUGAGACCACAAUGUGCAAUAUAUCAAAGCAGGAUGGAACAUCAAAAUUGAUACGAUUGGCAUCACUUAUAAUAUGGGAUGAAGCACCUAUGGCAAAAAGAUUUGCGAUUGAGACGGUUGACAGAACAUUGAGGGAUGUAAUGGGUGACAAAAGAAUUUUUGGUGGAAAAGUAGUCGUGUUUGGAGGUGAUUUUCGUCAAGUUCUACCAGUUGUUCCACGGGGCACUAGAGCAGAAACAAUCAAUGCAAGUCUUGUGAAAUCAUAUCUCUGGGAAAAAAUAGAGAAAUUAUCUCUCACUAUUAAUAUGAGGGCAAAGACUGAUCAAGUAUUUGGAGAGUUCUUAUUGCGCGUGGGGAAUGGAGAGGAACCCACAAUAGAUGAGAAUUUGAUACUUCUUCCACAUGAAAUGGCAUCAAAAAAUGCUCAUAGAUAUCCAAAUACUGCUCAAGAUAAAGAGAAAAUGAUGAAUGUCAUCAUCUUAGUCAGAGGGGGAUCAUCCAAGGGAAGCGAAACAACAUAG